AUGGUGCAGUCGCUGGGCUUUGCCGUGUACCGGGCGCUGGACUGGGGACUGGACGAGAACGAGGAGCGGGAGCUGAGCCCGCGCCUGGAGCAGCUCAUCGACCUGAUGACCAACAGCGACUCGGAGGACAGCGGCUGCGCCACGGCCGACGAGGGCUAUGGGGGGCAGGAUGAGGAGGAGGAGGGGGGCGAGGGGCCGCCCCGCUCCGUGCGCACCUUCGGCCAGGCCAUGCGCUGCUGCGCCGCCCGCCUGGCCGACCCCGCCGGCGCCCCCGCGCACUACCAGGCUGUGUGCCGAGCCCUCUUCGCAGAGACCGUGGAGCUCAUGGCCUUCCUCGCCAAGAUCCGCGACGCCAAGGAGCUACUGCAGAAGCUGAAGGAGGAUGAGGAAGAGGAGGAGCGGCCGGCGGCGGAGCUGGGGAACCUGCGCAACACAGACUGGGCCCGGCUCUGGGUGCAGCUGAUGCGGGAGCUGCGGCACGGUGUGAAGCUGAAGAAGGUGCAGGAGAAGCAGUUCAACCCUCUGCCCACCGAGUACCAGCUCACGCCCUUCGAGAUGCUCAUGCAGGACAUCCGCGCCCGCAACUACAAACUCCGCAAGGUCAUGGUGGAUGGAGACAUCCCCCCCCGGGUGAAGAAAGAUGCCCACGAGCUCAUACUGGACUUCAUCCGCUCCCGGCCCCCACUGAAGCAGGCAUCAGAGCGGCGGCUGCGGCCGCUGCCCCAGAAGCAGAGGACGCUCCACGAGAAGAUCCUGGAGGAGAUCAGGCAGGAGCGGAAGCUCCGGCCCGUGGAGCAGAAAGGAUACAGCUCCUUGCCCUGCAUCCCACACGCCUGCGCCGGCCGCCUGAGCUCCAGCUCCUGCCUCGAGCUGUCCCGGUGCCCGGCCAGCGCCGUGCCUGCGCGCCCACGGCCACGCGUCCUGCUCAAGGCGCCCACCCUGGCCGAGAUGGAGGAGAUGAACCUCUCCGAGGACGAGGACUCUCCGGCCACGGAGGUGGCGCUGAAGCGGGAUCGCUCCUUCUCGGAGCAGGACCUGGCGCAGCUGCAGAGCCAGCUGGGAGGUGACCAGGCUGUGCCCAGGGACCCAGAGCCACUGCAGCCCGAGCCCCGGCCCCGCUCAGGCUCCGUCCCUGCCAGCUGCCACCCGCUGCCAGAUGGCCCAGCACUGCCCCGGGCUGCCCUCGGCGCCGUGGAGGAGAGGCCAGAGGAUGGAUCCAGCGCUGGCCCUGCCGGCAGCUCCAAGCACCUCUGGCUGGAGUUCAGCCACCCUGUGGAGAGCCUGGCCCUGACUGUGGAGGAGAUGAUCAACGUGCGCAGGGUGCUGGUCAAGGCUGAGAUGGAGAAGUUCCUGCAGAGCAAGGAGCUCUACAGCAGCCUGCGGAGAGGGAAGGUCUGCUGCUGCUGCAGGGCCAAGUUUCCUCUCUUCUCCUGGCCCACGUCGUGUUUCUUCUGCAAGCGGUCUGUCUGUAGCUCCUGCAGUCUAAAGAUGAAGAUGCCUUCCAAGAAGCUGGCUCACAUCCCCGUCUACGCGCUGGGCUUCGAGAGCCUGCCAGGCUCGCUGCUGCCCAAAGCCCCGCCGCUGCGCCGGAGGGAGCCCUUCCACUCGCUGUCGGGGCCGUGCUGGCGCCGGGUGGAGGAGGAAUUCCCCCACAUCUACGCCCAGGGCUCGGUGCUGCGCGACGUGUGCUCCGACUGCGCCGGCUUCGUGACGGACGUGGUGAGCUCCAGCCGCCGCAGCGUGGCCGUGCUCAACGCCAGCGCCGCGUCCCGGCGCCACGCCAAGGCGCGCUCCCUCUACAGCGACGCGUGGCUCAAGUGA